UUGGUUUCAUUGCGAAUGCGACACCGCCAAUGGAAGUCCUUGUCGUCGUAUAACUCUCUCAGCUUCUAUUCACUGAAAAGAUAAAAAGCACAGAAAGUAUCAAACGGCACGAGAUCUCAUCAAACCCGCGAUUUCGAAGCGUUAAACGCAGAGUGUUCUGCGAUUAAUGGAGUUCGAUCCGAUCCCAUUCGGUUCGUGCUCCAAAGAGCACGAGGCGAUCUACCAGGAGUGGUUCAAUUACGCUGAUUCAGAUGGGGAUGGCCGAAUCACGGGGAGUGAUGCCACCAAGUUUUUCGCCAUGUCCAAUUUGUCUCGCCAAGAUCUUAAGCAGGUGUGGGCUAUUGCAGAUUCAAAGCGACAAGGUUUUCUUGGUUUCACCGAGUUUAUCAUUGCUAUGCAGGUAGUUUCUUUGGCACAAUCUGGGCACCCAAUAACCCAUGAUCUGCUGAUUAAUGAUGUUGAUUUGAAAAAUCUAAAACCUCCCACAAUGGAUGGUUUGGAUGUAUUACUAGUUAAGAAAAAGCAUAAACAAAAAGACGUUGAUACGAAUGUAAUUAGCAACAAUGCAGGUAGUUCUCAAUUGCAGCCAUCACUGUCAAGUAAUUGGUUUUCAUCAAAGUCAACGAAAAAGGUUUCCCUUUCCUCUGUGACAUCAAUAAUUGACGGAUUGAAGAGGCUCUACAUUCAGAAGUUGAAACCGUUAGAAGCUACUUACCGUUUUAAUGACUUUGUAUCCCCAUUACUGACAAAUAGCGAUUUUGAUGCCAAACCAAUGGUCAUGCUUUUGGGUCAGUACUCAACGGGUAAAACAACAUUUAUCAAACAUCUGCUUAAAAGUAGUUAUCCAGGAGCACAUAUUGGACCUGAGCCUACAACUGAUAGGUUUGUUGUUGUCAUGUCUGGACCAGAUGAGAGAAGCAUUCCUGGAAAUACCAUUGCUGUCCAAGCUGACAUGCCAUUUAGUGGUCUUACAACUUUUGGCACUGCAUUUUUGUCAAAAUUUGAGUGUUCACAAAUGCCUCAUCCUCUACUGGAGCACAUUACAUUUGUGGACAGCCCUGGAGUUCUAUCUGGAGAAAAGCAACGGACACAACGAGCAUAUGAUUUUACGGGUGUAACGUCUUGGUUUGCUGCUAAGUGUGAUUUGAUACUCCUUUUAUUUGAUCCUCACAAACUUGAUAUCAGUGAUGAGUUCAAGCGUGUGAUAUCAUCCUUACGGGGGCAUGACGACAAAAUUCGUGUGGUUUUGAACAAGGCAGACCAAGUUGAUACUCAGCAACUGAUGAGGGUUUAUGGAGCCUUAAUGUGGUCACUUGGGAAGGUACUGAAUACACCUGAAGUCAUGCGGGUGUAUAUUGGCUCGUUCAACGACAAGCCUGUAAAUGAUGCUGUCAGUGGUCCAAUCGGUAAGGAACUCUUUGAAAAAGAACAGGAUGACCUUCUUUCAGAUCUGAAAAAUAUACCAAAGGCAGCUUGUGAUCGAAGAAUCAAUGAAUUUGUAAAACGAGCCCGAGCAGCCAAGAUACAUGCUUAUAUUAUUAGUCAUCUCAAAAAGGAGAUGCCUGCUAUGAUGGGCAAAGCUAAAGUACAGCAAAAGCUCAUUGAUAAUUUGGCAGGUGAAUUUGGAAAGGUACAAAGGGAGUUCCAUUUACCUGCAGGUGACUUUCCAAAUGUUGAACAUUUUAGAGAGAUCUUGAAUGGUUACAAUAUUGACAAGUUUGAGAAAUUGAAACCAAAAAUGAUACAAGCAGUUGAUGAAAUGCUAGGUUACGACAUUCCUAACCUCUUGAAAAAUUUUAAGAAUCCCUAUGAUUAGGUUUAUGAGCAAAUUGAGUCAGUCAUAUAUUGUAACUAAGAUUGGUAGCAAAUGUAAGCCUCUGUACCUUUUGUAGCAGAUUGAGAGCGUGAUAUAGUUCCCGGGGUCAUUAUGUAUUGUACAUGCAUCAUGGGAUCUUUAUGGAAUGUACCAUUGGGUGCCGUUCUUCUGUAGGGAAUUUUAUUGUCCAAUAUCUGUAUUUUUUUGUCAUCAACAAUAAGUUU